AUGUCUACGAUACAGAUAAGGCCCUGGGAAUGGUGGUAGCUGAUUGGUAGCCUCAUACAGAGUGCCCGCCUCCUGUCCGCCAUUCCCGGAAGUUCUCACACGCCGAGUCCAUGCGCUAUAGAGAGUUGCUCGUUACGCUGAGCAGUUACCAUGGCGGCCACAUUCAGCAGUGAUGGUGCCCAGGUGAUUCAGCGGUCCCUGAGUACCAUGGCAACAGACAACUGGACACCAGCUGAAAGCUUGGAUGAGGUGUACCAGAUUGAGGAGACCUGUAGUUUCAUCACAAAACAUCAGUUCCUCAAGGUUGCACUGCAGUUCCCAGAUGACCUUCUGGCUGAUUCGGUUGCAGUAGCUUCCAAGCUAGAGAAGGGCACAGGUGCAAAAAUGUACAUUUUAGGAGACACAUCCUAUGGCAGCUGCUGCGUGGAUGAGGUGGCAGCAGAACACGUUGGCGCCGAGGGUAUCGUUCACUAUGGCAGGGCAUGCCUGAGCCCCUCGAGAAGGCUGCCCCUGAUGUAUGUGUUUGGGAGAAGACCAGUUAACCUUACGAAAUGUGCCUCUUCCUUCCGAGAACUCUACCCUGACAAGCAGAGUCACAUAGUUGUACUCUAUGAUGUGAUCUAUUCCUUUAUCGUGGAUGACCUUCUUGAACUACUUCAGCCUGAAUAUCCCAACAUGGUCAUGUCUCGAAUCAGUGUGGAAGGAGCUGUGUCCUCCAGUCUUAAAGAAAGAGAUGGGACGCAUGAAGAGGCUGAAGGAGCAGGAGUAUUCCCAAACCAGACAGGGGGUCCACUUGUUCACAAAUUUGGGCGUCAGUUCAGCCUGCAAGCCAGCCUCAGCCUGGAGGACUACAGCAUGUUUUUCAUUGGCCAGGAAGGUGCAACCUUGACGAACUUCAUGAUGACCUUGAACCGCUGCUCGUUCUGUUCGUUUAACCCAGAAACGGGUGUCGGGAGGUCAGAGACGGUUAAGGUUAACAAGUCUUUGAUGAAGCGCUACUACUUAAUUGAGAGGGCCAAAGACGCCAGGGUUGUGGGAAUUUUAGUUGGCACUCUUGGUGUGGCAGGUUACCUCUCCAUCAUUGACCACCUGAAGGAAGCCAUUAAAAAGGCAGGCAAGAAGAGCUACAUGUUUGCGAUGGGGAAGUUAAAUGUACCAAAGCUGGCGAACUUCCUAGAGAUUGAUGUGUAUGUGCUGGUGGCGUGUUCAGAGAACUCCCUCCUGGACUCCAGUGAGUUUUACCGGCCUGUAGUCACGCCUUUCGAGAUGGAAAUUGCCUGCAACAAGAACAGGGAGUGGACUGGAGAAUAUGUUACUGACUUCAGGGACUUGCUGCCUGGAGCCUGUAGCUAUGUGGAGUUCCUCCGGCCAGAUCCAGACAUCGAUGGGGAUGAGACAGAUGUGUCCCUCAUCACAGGGGCUCUGCGUUCCUCUGGCUUGUCUUCAUAUGAGCUCAGAGGGACUGAUCCAGGCUCCUCUCUGGUCCAGAGAAAUCAAGUCCUAACAGUGUCACAAGCAAAUUCGGCAGCUGCGUUGUUGGCCGGCCGCAGCUGGCAAGGGCUGGAGCAGAAGCUGGGAGAAACUCCGGUAACGAAGGCAGUGGAAGGGAGAAGAGGAAUUGCCAUUGCGUAUGAGGAAGAAGGGGAUAGCUGACUCUCCCCGCACUGAACGGCAAAUGUGAGAACACCAGAGGAAAGGAGGAGGUCUUCCUGUUCGGGACCACAGGGCAAACACUUCCCUGUCGUGGCCUGCUCAUUUUCACUGCGGCAAGUGGGGCAGAAAAUAAUAAUAAAAAAAAAAAUUGUAAAGAAAAGUCU